AUCAUUUCGUGCAUGCCGGUGACUUUGCUCAGGUCAUGCGAAUUUCGCUGCACUGCGAUACUCGGCUGUGCCUAGUGCCGAGGAGCCGUCUUACUAUAUUACUUUCCGAGUUGUGAUAACGGUAGCACGUAGAAGAAUAUAUCCGAAGAUGCCCAAGAGAUCGGAAGAAGACGAGUCCGAAUGGACGAUACGUAAGGAUGACAUACUGAACCUAUACAUAGAGCAGGAUAGGCCACUGUCCGAAGUUAUCCGUGUUAUGGCCAAUCAAGGCUUUGUAAAAACAAAACCACAAUACGAAAGAUCCCUGAAAAGAUGGCGUGUGUCCAAGAAUGUGCGCAAAGAGGAGUGGGACUUUAUUCUCAGCCGCUUGAACGAACGCCAUCGCCCGACUAUUGUCAAAGUCCGCGGUAUAACGAUUCCACAGUCAAGACUAGAUCGUCAAAAGCUUAGGCAUCGAGAGAGCACUCUUGUUCGUUAUAAAUCAAGUAGGUAGGAAGCUCAUUGGAAUUUGACGGCUCACUGAGAGUAUGCCAUAGAAUUGAAUCCUUCGCCCCGCUGUCAGACACCACCAAACAUAGAGAUCUCCACACCAUCGCCAAUCAAAGAAGACGACGAAUUGCAACUGAUUCCAUUACCAGA